AUGCCAUAUCAUCUCAAGAGUCAAGACGCCAUUGUGGCAACUUCACACGAUAUUCGCAUGCGGGACACAAUUCCUCUACAGCCACCACCGGCUACGCAGCUUCGGCCGCUGCAUACCCUCCACGAGGUCGAUAAAACAUCAUGCGAUGAACUGAGCUGGACGGCCUCGUUUGGGUCGCGACCAAGCGAGGGGACGGUUCUUCGAGCCUUCAUCAGCCUUGUCUCUCGAGUUAUAGUCGCCGAGCUCGACGAGGUGUUUUAUGUUAAACAUGAUUCACGCGGCGGCUUCAUCAGGGCUCGCGCCGGCGACAGCGCUCAGGCUGGCAGGUAUUCCUUCAUACGUCACGGGGAGGAACAAGGUGACUUUUCUACCGACUUCUCCAUCGGCCCAGGAACAGGCCUGCAGCUUCACGCGGCGGAGGGCCCCAUACGGCUCAUCGCGCCGGCAAGCAUCAUCACACAACCAGCCCUUGACGCCUUGGGUCAAAUGUUGGUAGAUAUCGUCCUGAAUCUAGAGAAUGGCGGCGGCGGCGGUGUCAUUGAAUGGACGCAACCCUCCGUGUUAAACUACCCUCCCACAGACAGACCCGUGCCGUUGUGGCCUGGCGAAGGGCAGCCUACGCAGCCGGCGCUGCUCCACGGAUGGUUUGAGCAGAGGGCUCGAGACCAUCCUCAGCGGGUUGCCCUGGACUUUCUCACGGACCUUGCAACCGGGAAGAGGAAACAAUUCACCUAUAAACAGGUCUCAAACGCCGCCGCCGCCUUGGCAAGCAAGCUUAAUCAAGCCAGCUCCCAGUCGGGCGCAGCAGUGAGGACAGUGGCCGUGUCCAUGGGCCCGUGUCCCGAACUAUACAUCAGCUAUCUUGCUGCUCUGAAAGCUGGCCUGGCUUUCUGUCCAAUAGCUGUGGAUGCCCCCGAUGAGAGAAGAGACGCACUACUGGCUGACUUGAAGCCGGUGGCAGUUCUGGUAGACGGAUCGGGCGAGCUCGACGCAGCCGUGGAGAGCAUCAGCGUGGCUACAUUUCUCGAGACGUGCGACGUUGAGCCUCAACAACAACGUCCGCCUCCGCUCUUCCACCCCUGUGAAACCGACGCAGCCUACGUUUUGUACACGUCAGGCACGACUGGUCUACCCAAAGGCGUCAUCGUGAGCCACAUCUCUGCAGCCUGCACGGUCACCGCUUUGAGCAAUCACUAUGGGCUUUGUCGCGCCGACACACCAACACGCGACCGACCAGUUCGAUGGUUCCAGGGCGCGGCGCCAACAUUCGAUAUUUCAAUCUUUGAGAUCUUCUGGACGCUCAGCACGGGCUCAACGCUCUGCUGCGCUCCCAGGAGCCUCACCAUGCAGAAUGUGGACAAGGUAAUCACCGCGUUGGAGGUCGACAUGACAAACGUCACGCCCAGCUUCGCUAGCCUUAUUGAUCCAUCCUCAAUACGCGGCCUCGUGGUAGGUGGCGAGACGCUCAACACUCGACUCCUACGAGACUUUGCUCGCCACAACCCCCCGGGCAAAGACGCUCCAUCGGUGCCGCAGGGCAUCUACAAUGGGUAUGGUCCUACGGAAGUGACCAUCUACUCCGUUGCCCAAGCCCAUGUUCCAGCAACCCAGCGAGGCUCUGUUAUCGGCACGCCGCUGACGACUUGCGGCCUUCUCAUCGUCGACGACCACGUUCAGGGGCUGGAACCCGUGGCCAUGGGCGCGACUGGUGAGCUGGUUCUCACAGGGCCGCAGGUCAGCAAUGCCGGCUACCUCAACCGACCCGAGGAGACGGCCAAAGUGUUCGUCGAGGAUGCCAGAUGGGGUCGUGCGUACAGGACUGGUGACCGCGCCAGGAUUGUAUGGAAUGAUCAGGGCGAGCUCCUCGUCGAGUUCUUGGGCCGAAUGUCCGACGGCCAGGUGAAGCUGAGUGGGCGGCGUGUCGAGCUCGGGGAGAUUGAGAGUGUCUUGGCAAACAAUGCCGAGGGCGUACGGCAGACGCUCGCGUGCGUCUGGAAGCCUCGACGUGAUGCGUCGGGCUCCGAAAAGGUCAUGAGUCUGGUGGUCGUAGAUCCAAAGAGCACGCUGAGCUUCGAGGCUGUUCAGUCACGAUGCGCGGAAGCAGCGCGACGUCAUCUGCCGGACUAUAUGAGGCCUGCUCGAAUCCUCCAGGUCGACGAGCUGCCUCGAUCGGCCUCUGGCAAGGUCGACCGCAAAGCAGCGGCAGCAUACGUGCAAAGAAUGCUGCCGCAAUCAGAAAAAGUGGAAUCCCAGGAAACAAAGCACGGGGCCCUGGAGAGCGCAGAGGAUGCCCAACUCGAGAAGGAGAUCCUUGAGAUGCUGUCCAUCAUCGUCAGCAAUGACUUCAGCACCGGGCCCGCGUUGACGGCCACCACAUUGCUCGUCGAGGCUGGAGUAGACAGUCUUCGCGCAAUGAGGCUCCUGCGUGAAAUCAGGAACCGGUGGCCAGACUCGACGGAUCUACAACCAUCAUUGGGCUUGCUGCUCGACCCCAAGGCCAGCAUUCGAUCCGUCUUCUUCACCUCAGCGUCAAACGCCGACGCCUCUUGGGGAUCAGCCGUGGACGAGGCCAGAGCCAAAGCCAGGGCAGAACGACGGAUCGCCGACUUUGCUUCCCGCCACGCGGUCGAGUCGCUCGCCAAGAUUGGUUCCAUUGAACAGUCCGAUGUUGAAAUGGUGUUGCCUGCGACAAGUACGCAAAGCCAGCUGGCCGUGAGCUUUGCCAUGGACCGACGGAAUUAUGUCAGUCACACAAUCUUGCCGCUGGAGCCAGGCGUCUCUCUUGAGGCGCUCGAGAAAGCCAUUCAUGACGUCCUCGAUCGACAUGCCAUCUACAGGUGUGCCAUCGUUUCGUGUGACGAUGACCUAUCGCCAUUUGCUCAGGUCGUCUUGAAGCCGGACGCCUGGCGUAGAUGGAUAGGCAACGACAUAAGAGUUGUGCGGAGACGGGGCAAUACCGCCGGGGAUGCUCGCGAAUGGCUCGAUUCAGCCCAUCAACACCUGGACUUUGAGUCACAAAAGCUGUAUUACGCGCAGAUCGUCCAAGCUUGCGCCGAGGAUGUGUCCGACGGCGGCAAUGGGCUGCUCGUAAUCAGCAUGGCACAUUGCAUCUGUGACGGUGCAUCACUAGAAGUGUUGCUCGGCGAUAUUUCCAGAGAGUACGCAGGCCUCGAUCCUCUUCCGCGGCUCGGUAUCAAAGAAGCCGUUUUGGACUGGGCCUCUGGCGUAGACGCCGAAACUGACAAGCAAUGGAAAGAGGCUCUUUCAGGCUGGGAAGUCGAAAGUUUCCACGCCUUGAGCGGCAAUAAUGUGAAAUCAUCCGCACCAGGAGCUGCGGGCGACUACGGCCAUGGCGUGAUCGAGUUUACCAGCGGCUUAGAAUGGCAGACGCUCGAAGCAAGGAGCAGGGCCUUGGGGGCUUCGCCGCUCUCCAUCUUGCAGGCAUCUUGGUCCUUGCUCCUUCGGGUCUUCUCGGAAGCAAACACUGGAAGUGUCGUGUUUGGUAGUGUCAUCUCUGGACAGCACGAGGCUAUUCACGCACCCAGCUUCUCCGUGGUGCCGUGCCGCGUUUCUCUACCUGACCGUCAGACUGUGCGUGAGCUGGUGGAGGGACUCGCAAACCGCUCCAGAUUCGCCCAGGGUCACCGAAAUAUGUCUUUUGGCAUAUUCGAGACCUUGCCGUACAACACUGCUUUGGCCCUUCAGGCAUACUCUCCUCCCGGGGCCAGCCCCAGCACAGCCCAGGACAUGGCAGCAGCGGCGCCCUGGACUGAGAUACGUAGCCCGGCAAUUCGCUAUGAUUUCGACAUCUUCGCCGAGGUGUUCCCAGCUGGUCGUCGCGCCGGUAGUUGCCAGACCAGAACCAUCUCAUUCAAGCUCACAUAUCGCGACGACGCCCUGUCGCAAACGUCAGCCGAGGUUAUCGUGAAGCAAUUUGCAGAAUUGACCGGGGUGCUGCUCAGUUCCGAGGCCGAAAGUCUAGUACAGACUCUGCCAGCUCGCCUGCCCAGGGGCUUGCUGUCGGCAGAGGGCGCCGUUCCCAUGUCAACGAAAGACACGGCGGAAGAGGAACGUCUGAGACGGGAUCGCGCCGAGAUUCUCCACGCUCAGUUUGAAAACCAGGCUGCAGAAACACCAGAUCUGCUGGCCCUGAGCUUCUACACGGCUCUGGACGCCUCACCUGUUGACGUGACCUACGCAGAGCUCGACGCCCGGGCUAAUUGGCUGGCGAACAUCCUGCGCGAAGAAGACGUUGAUAUUAUUCCCAUCUGCAUGCAGCGUAGUGUUGAGCUCUAUGUCUGUAUUCUGGCCGUUCUCAAGGCUGGAUCUGCCUGGUCUCCAAUCGACGAAACCUCGCCCGUCCAGAGACGAACGUCGUUGAUUGCCAGGACGAAGAGCAAGAUCCUGCUAACAACCACCGAGUCCUUCCCUCUGGCUGAGCCAUGUCUGGCCCACGAGAGUCUGACUGGUGUACGCGCAAUCCUCGUCGACAAAUUCGCAAACAACACGACAUCUGUGCGGGCCGAGCCGCGCCGCAGCGUCCAAGCCUCACGAUCUGCUAUCGAUGGACAAGACCUUGCUUACCUCCUCUGGACCUCGGGCACGACUGGCGAGCCCAAGGGUGUCAUGAUUCAGCACUGUGCCGCCGCGAAUGCCAUGCGCGACCUCCAGGUCCAGGUCGGGCACGGCGCGAAAGACCAGGUGCGCACGCUGCAGCUAUCAGCCUACAGCUUCGACGUAUUCGUGCAAGAUCUUUUCUUCACAUGGGGUCUGGCCGGUAGUGUGAUUAGCGGAACACGGGAGCUGGUGCUGGGCACAUUCACCGAGUUUGUAAAUAAGUCACGCCCGACCCACGCUCAUCUCACCCCAUCUUUCGGCGCCAGCAUCGACGUCGAAGAGAUCAGGGGCUCGACUCUGCAGUUCGUCACCUUCAUCGGCGAGAAACUGACGGAAGACGUCGCUGAGGCCUGGGCUGCGCCAGGGAUCACCACCAAGGCGUACAACACCUAUGGCCCGGCCGAGAACGCUGUCGUAUCAACCAUGAGACAGUUUUUUGGAAAGAGCCGCGAUCAAGCCAAAGCUGCCAACGUUGGCUUCCCGUUGACACCUUGUACGGCGUACGUUGUGCGUGAAGUCGAGAACCCCGAUGAGGAGCAGAAGAAGCAGUGGGAACUCGUGCCUCGAUAUGGCGUUGGUGAGCUGGCACUCGGCGGUGCGCAGGUCGGGAAGGGGUAUCUCGGCGACGAGGCCAAGACCAUCAAGGCUUUCAUCCAAGGAGGCCCGGGUAUCGAUGAGCGUAUCUAUCUAACCGGAGACAUGGUGCGUCUGAACGAUCACGGUUUUGAAUUCCUUGGCCGCAACGACGAUCUGGUCAAGAUCACGGGUAUUCGAAUCGAGCUGAGCGAGAUCAGCGCGGCUUGUGCCACCGUCAAGGAUGAGCUGCCCGCCGUCGAGCACGUCGAGACACUCUACCUGCCGCGCCCAGGAGUCGGCGGCGGCAGCAGCGAUGCCGACCACAAGGUUGUGGUCACCUUUGUGUCCGUCAAGAAGGCGAACUAUGAGACGGCUGUGAUCCGAGCCAAGGUUUUCCAGAGGGCGAGGGAGAUGCUGCCAACGUACAUGGUGCCUGGGCACAUAGUCGUGCUGGACGCCACCAUGCCGCGUACAGCUUCCAACAAGGUCGAUCGAAGAGCCCUGCAGAACAUUUACAAUAGUGCCGAUCUCAAUAUUCUCGCGGGACGCGACGCGACGGCCGGUAACGGCUCAGUUGUCAAGGUCGACUGGCCGGAGCAUCAGCUUCGCGUCGUCGUGGCCAUUGCGGAGAACUUCAAAGUGCCCAUCGAGCCCCUUUCCCCAGAUGACAGCUUGGCGAGCCUGGGAUUCAGCUCGCUGCAAGUCACCAAGUUGGCCUGGGCAUUGCGGCGCCAGAUGGGGUGUGCUGUUGGUGUCCUUGACCUCAUGCGAUGCCAGACCCUGGGCGAAUUGGUCGAGGUCGUCCUGGACUCCAUGAAGACGAUCCGUGGACCUGACUCGAAGGCCAAGCCCGCUCCGGAGACCUCGUGGAUGGCUCCCAUUAAAGAACAUCUGACAAAGUGUCUUCAAGGAGAAGUACGACCAAAGGACACUGCCUACAUACUGCCUGCCACACCGGUCCAGGAAUCACUUCUCGUCGAAACCAUGAUCGACCAAGGAGCAUACUGGUCACACCGCAUCUUUGACCUCGAUCAUCUCCCCCGAAUCGAUCCUUCUCGUCUAGAAAGCGCAUGGACUGCUGCUGCCACUCAACUCGACAUUCUUCGGACAGUCUUUGUGUCACUGUCGCAAUUUUCGGUGUACGACGAAGAGGCCAAGGGCGCGGACAAUGCACAAUGGGCGCGCCAGAAAGGCGUCUGCGCUACCAUUCUCCAGGUGAUCCUUGAAAAGACGCGUCUUCACUGGACCACGAUUCGCAACGCAGACACAAAAAGCUUGGCUCGACUCGCUGAGAAGAUACAGAUGAAGCUUACGCCUCUGGGGACCGGAGAGUGUCAUCCUCCGUGGGCGGUCACUUUCUCCGAGGGCAACAACAAGAUGAUGUUGAGCAUGCAUCACGCCCUCCAUGACGAAACGGCCUCCAGAAUGCUUCUAGACAUCGUUGCCAAACUGUAUCGCAGCCCGAAGCAAGCUUCCGGACCCGACAGUGCAGUUCUGCAAAUGGAACGGGGCAUGGAGCUGGGCCUGUUGCCAUCCAUUUCCCAACGAGACGAGGCUUUGGCUGCGUGGACUCGACGACUAAGUGGCAUAGUAGAGGCCGAUGGUGCCCUGAACGGACUAUUCCCCGAUCUUACAGAGUCCCGUGUGAAACAAGAAAGAAGGAUUCUUCCCGCCAAGCGCACCAUCCCCAACCAGCUGCGUGAGCGUAGAGCCGGUGCGCCAGACCUGCCUCGUCUUGUGCAAUCUGCUUUUGGCUGUGUUCUGGCUGCUGUCCUUGAGCUGAAAACCGUCGUCUUUGGCCAGACGGUCUCGCAGCGUAUCUUACAUCCAGACCUUGCCCGAGUCGCAGGGCCUGCCAUGGCCACCUUGCCGGUCAUUGUUCGCGCGCAUGCCUCGAGCGCCCUGGAGCUCUGGGCCGCGAUGGAACGCGAUGCUUCUUCGUCUUUGAGCCAAAGCGCCCACAGGCUGCACCCGGUGGACAUGAAGAAGAUGAUCAAUGAGGGUAGCGGACAACGCCAUGCCCCCUUUCCAGCCCUGUUUGUCUUCCACCCUGCUGCUGCCCUUGACGACGAGGCUCAUUUUGACAUCGGGCUUGGAAUGUUUCACGAAGUUGGUCAGGCUCUGUCACUGAAUGUCGAGCACCCUAUGGCCUUGAAUAUCUUCGAGGCCGACAACGUCAUUGAGUUGACAGGGAACGCCCGUCAUGUCUCUCAGCCGAUGCUGGAGCUCAUGCUUGACCAGACUCUGGACCAAGCUCGCGCGAUGUUGGACCAGCCCCAGGUACCACUAGACCGACUGAGCAACUACAUGCGCCGCGAGCUCGUCUCUCUUGUUGGUGACCAUGCCACCCUUGUGGGCACAGAUAUUGUCAAGAAUCCAGCGGACCUGAUCACUAAGCAGGCGAUUGAGCACCCGGAUUGGAUUGCCGCAGAGGAAGUAUUCUUGGAAGAGGGCGAAGACGGAGAAGGCGGCGAAGAAAAGAUCAUUACCAAGACCCUCACGUAUCUUGAGCUAGAAGUGCUUGUUGAUGCAAUUGCUUCCAUGCUGACCAGCCACAGACCGGACCUUCAGCCCGACGACGUGGUUGCUCUGUACCUCGGGAGAGACACCAAAUCCUUGGCUGCCAUCUUGGCCAUUUUCAGGUGCGGCUGCAUAUACCUUCCCAUCGACGGGGAUCUUCCCGCGGCCAGAAAGCAGCUCCUGCUCCGUGAUGCGAACGCCAAGCUCGUUCUCACUACGAAGAUCUGGGCUGGACAUCUGAAUCUGAAUCCGGACAGUGACCCUCCGGCCGUUUUCCUCCCCGAAGGCGACGACGAGCUGGACGUGAUUCGAACCUGGCCUAGGACCUUUUCCAAGCAUGACGCCAGGCUUGGUGACGGAGGCUACCUCCUUUACACGUCCGGCUCAACAGGCCGUCCCAAGGGGGUCCGGGUCACAAACGAAAACCUGCUUCACUUUGUUUCUGCCAUGACAAAACGCCUGGUUGAAGCCAAUGCGGAUACUGCCAAUCUCGGAGGCGUUGGCAAAUACCUCAACGUCGCAUCUCGGGCCUUUGAUACCCAUCUCACAUCCAUGUUUGCUCCGUGGCACCUGGGUUUCCGUUCUGUCAUUGGCAAGGACCGCAACGGUAUCUUUGCCAGCUUACAACAGGUCAUUAACGAGGUCGAGAUUACGCACAUGGGAUCCGUACCCUCUGUGCUCACCCAGCUGGGCUUUCGUCUUGCGGAUGUGCCUUCAGUGAGAGUCCUGACAAUCGGUGGCGAGAAGGCGUCUCACGAGCUUUUUGAACAGUUGAACGCCGGAAGCCCCAAGGCGGCACUUGUGAACUUUUACGGACCGACCGAGGCCACCAUUGGGUGCUUGAGCCACAUUGUCGGUCCCGGAUCCAACGCACGCAACCUGGGUGUGCCGCUGCUUGGUCUGGAGGCCAUCCUCCUUGUUCCCGGGGAUGGCGACGAGCAGGUGGUCGCCCGUAAAGGGCAGCCAGGCGAGUUCUGCAUCGCCGGUCCGCAGGUGGCCGUGGGAUAUCUGAACAGACCGGAAGAGAAUAAGAAGGGCUUCCAGCACACCAGAUUACUGGGAGGUGGUGUGAAGCGCAUCUACAGGACGGGCGACAUGAUGAGGAUGAUGCACGACGGCACUUUGGAGUUUCUCGGCAGAAAGGACCAACAGACCAAGAUCAGGGGCCAGCGCUUCGAGAUUGGCGAGGUCGAGGCGUUCAUCAAGAAGACUGUUGCCGAUCAAGGAGCCAUAGACGUCGCCGCCGCGGUUUUCGACCAGAGACUGAUGGGCUUCCUGGCACGCAGGGUGAAUACACUACUCAGGGCAGAGCUCGAUGCCGAGCCUGAGCUGCUCCCGCGGCAGAGCCAGGCGCUGCAAGCCGUGCUCUCGGCCGUGGAGCAAGCGUGUCGAGAAGGGCUCCCGGCCUUUAUGGUCCCGGACAUGAUGUGGGUGUCCAGGAUUCCGUACCUGGCUGCGUCCGGCAAAGUCGACAGCAGGUCCCUCAUCAAGUUGGCAAAGGACUUUGUGACGCUCCAGCAAAGUCCUCAAGUUGCCUGCAUGUCGUCCGCGGGAGCUGCCUCGCCCCUGAACGGGGCAGAGUUGGGGGUUGUCGCUGCGAUCCAAGAGGUCGUGGGCAAAAAGGUCGUUGCCGCCUCGGCGAGCGAUAUCCGUAGCCUGGGAAUUGACAGCCUUUCAAGUGUAAACCUGUUGUCAGCCCUCAAGAGGCGAGGCUUUGACAAGGUGACCCUAGUAGACGUACUUUCGCCUUCCUGCACAGUCGGCUCGCUGGCCCUCGCGGGCAGUACAAAUUCCAGCCCCGAUAGAUCGGUAACUACACGUCGUACGAGCCCAGCGAAGAAGCUGAGCUUGGACGACCUCGGUCCCGGCGCCACGAGGUUGGACAGAGCAAAGGCUGCCGCAGUCCUCCCUUGCUUGCCUCUCCAGGCGUCUCUAAUCGCCCUGUCCCUCAACUGGCUCAACUCGUCUGAAGGGAUGGAGCCCGCGGACGUCCCCUACGUGACACAGUUCAACUAUCAACUUGCGCCCGGAACAGACGUUGCUCGAUGGAAGAAGACGGCGGCCCAAGUCAUCUCUUCGGAAGCCAUGCUGCGAACUUGCUUCGUCCAGCGGGACGAGGACGGCCAGAUCUUCCAGGUCGUGCUAGAAUCACCACCAUCACCCUUUGACGGCCAGGACGACGCUGCCGCUCUCGUAGCCCAAAUGAGCUUCCGCCCGCCUAUUCGCCUGCAGGUUCAAGAUGACGAAGCGUCCUCCAGGACGGUGGUGUCGUUGAAGGUGCACCACGCCUUGUAUGAUGGUGCCGCUAUCGCGUGGCUCAGGAAUAAGAUGGAGCAAGCUUACGCCAAGGGGGACCAAGCCGUGGCGUUGGAUAACCGGAGCCUCUCGACUCUGCAGAGCCUAGCUAACCACUGCGACCUCACCGUUGAAGAUACCCAGUCCCUCAAGAACGCAUGGCAGGCCAAGUUGCGCGGUAUUCGGCCCUGCCGCAUCGGCCGCGACACGGACGAACUCAACAAGGACACAAUGGUCCGCUCGAUCCGCCAUCUCGCCUACACAACGGCGGAGCUCAAGGCGAUGCUGCAUCAGGGGGGGUCUGUGUCCAUGUCCACUGCCUUCCAAGUCGCCACUACCCUCUGCCUCGCAUACCUUACCAAGAGAUCGUCCAUUGUCUACGGAUUCACCAUGUCCCUCCGACCCCUGUUGAGCAACGUCUCCGAACACGUCAACGGCUUUGUAGGGCCGUGCCUGAACACCAUAGUUCAUGCAAUCAAGCUCGAAGGCGGGACGGAGACGCUGCCUCACCUGGCCGAGAGGGUUCGUCAAGGCCACGCCGAUGCUUGCCGGGGCAAGAUGCCGCUUGUGGCCGCAGACAAGAUCCAACGCUGGGCCGGCCUUGAGGAGAAGCUCUUUGACAGCCUCCUGACCAUCAACGUUGUCUCAGCAGAUGAAGACUCACCUGAUGGAAAGCCUGCGCCGGGCCACAUGACGCCUCUGCCUGGCAAGUCCAAGGGCGAUCUGGCCCUGGCAAUCGACGUUGACAUGCGUGCCGAUGGCAAGAUUGUCGUGUCGCUUUCUUCCGCAGGCGUCUUGACCGAAGCACAGCUUCAGGAUGUUGGGGUUGUGUUGGAGAAGAUUGUUGCUUCCUCUGCGGACAAUAGUGCCACGAUCGAGCAGUUCGCGCCUUUGACCUACGAAGCUGCUGGCCUUUCUCGAAACAGCAUCGUCAAUGAUUCGUCCGCCCGGUCCGCAUCUCGACUCUCAAGCGAGGGAUUUGAUGAGGCCCUGGCUUGCGUGGUGUCUACUGCAUGUCGCCUCUUGAGCCUGGACGAGGCUGAUAUCAAGGCCCGGAACCCGGAGAUGACGUCACUGUACCAGCUUGGAAUUGAUUCUGUCAAUGUUCUGCCCUUUGUCAAACGUGUCAACAAGUCCGAGGGGAUCAAGAUCACGCCCAACGCUGUCAUCCGGGCUCGUACUGUACAAGGCGUCGCAGCGCUCGUUUACCAGGCCAGGAGCAAGCGCCGCGCGCCUAGCAGCAUCGACGGGGCUGAAAGGGGGAAUACGAACGGGGGGCGAGAAAAGUCUGCUGCCGGUCAGGCUGACUAUGAGCAGAUCAUGCGGCAGCUAGCCGGCGAUGUUCUCUUCAUCGCCACACCACUCCAAGAGGGCAUGCUGAGCGCCUCCAUGGCCAUUGAAGACCAGGCAUACAUGUACACCCACGCAAUGCAGCUAUCUGAGACGGCGCGUGAGCGGGACACUCCAAGCUUUGGGUGCUUCUUCGCUGCCGUCAACGACACCGUGCAGACAUGCGAGAUCUUGAGGACUCGCUUCAUCUUCACGCAGAAUGAUGACGCGCCGUGGGUCGGUGUAGUCUCGCCCUCGGAGCAGAGUGACCUUGUCCAGUGGGACGUUGCAAAGUCGGGCCUGGUCCGGUUGAGAAUUCACCACGCCCUGUAUGACGCAAGAUCCAUCCAGGCUGUGUUGCGACUCUUGAAUGAAGACUACGCCAGACGUCUUGCCGGCCAUGGGGGGGAGGACAGAGGAGGCCACACUGACGUGAAGUACCUAUUCCGUCCCUUUGCCAAGGCGUCUGCUCUGGCGCAGAAGCGUGCCGUGGCAUUCUGGACGGAUACGGUGCGAGACUACGCGUAUAGUCCUGUUGAGAUAUCCGGCGAGUCGCUGCACGCUUCCUCUUGCUUCUACUUCACCCUGGGCAGCUUGGAGCUGGCGAGCCUUCAGAGCAAAUGCAGAGCGGCAAGCGUGACUUCCAAGGCGGCCAUGCAGCUCGCCUGGGCCAAGGUCCUCUGCGAGUCGGUCUACAAACAGCCAGAUAUUGUCUUUGGGGAGGUGAUUAUGGCAGGCGACGAUGACAGCGGCGAUAUCAUAAUGGGGCCGACCAUCAACACGCUUCCUCUGCGUAUCAAGUUGGCUCAUCAGUCGGGGGCCAUCAGCAUCGGUCAGGCUUUAUCUCAACUACAAGCACUGGGCGACAAUGCCAGGGACGCAAAGGGAAUGGCGUCCUUGAGGGCCAUCCAGACAGCAUGGAGAUCGUCCAGGGCUGAAGGUGUCAACACAGCCGCCGGCCUCUUCCAGAGCUUGUUCGUAUUCGACGGCGUCAUCGGCUCCGAAAGCGACAGGCCACGGACGGAUCUUGUCGUGCCGGCCCGUGCCGCGACGCCGGAUGAUACGAAGACUGGUGAGAAGGGACCUGCGUACGAUGACUACCCUUACAUCGUCAGCUUCCGUAUCAAAGAUGGCGCCUUGCACGGCGCCCUGCGAACCAAAGCGGGCGACGAGGAGGCGAAUCGCCUGGGCCAGCGGUUGGAAGCUGCCUUGCGAUACGUUGGGGCGGAGAAUCUGGAAAAUUCGGCGCUCGAUCCCGCCCACGUACCUCGGGCGGAUAGUUGGGACAAAGAACGAGUACCCAAGAAGGGGGCGAGCGGGGAUGCUGAUUGUCUAGCAUCAGAUGGACUGACGGGAAAGGCUGAGGCCGUUCUGGACCUCGUAAAGCAGGUGGUCGGGGACAAGAUCAGAGGGGAAGACAUACGGUGCAACACCAAGUUGGUGAACAUUGGAGUGGACUCCAUCUCGGCCAUCCGCUUGUCCAAGAUGCUGAAGAACAAGAUGGGCAUUCGUGCGAGCGUUUUUGAAAUCGUCAGAGGCGCCAGCAUCCAAGAUGUUGUCAGGAAGCUGGCGUCGACGGAAAGCACCAUCCCCAAGCAUCCGAGGGAGCAACCCCUUUUGCAACGCAGCGGUCUCAAGGGACUGGUGGCCGACAAGCUUGGUCUAUCACAGGAGCAGAUCAGGUCCAUAUCUCCUGUUCUCCCAGGGCAGCGAGAGACUUUGCGGCAGUGGCUACACAGCGGAAAGAGGUUCUUCGAGCCCCCCUGGGCGUACCGGGUCGACGAUUCUACUGACGCAAACAAGGUGGCGGCUCACUGGGCGGCACUUUGUCAGGCACACGAGAUUCUGCGGACGACCUUUGUCCACAUAGACGAACCUUCAGAGGUGGUGCAGGUUACUCUGGAUGAGAGCAUUUCUGCGGCCAAGCGCUUCACAGUGGCCCAGGACCUCACUCUCACGAUCCAGGGGCUGGUUCACAAGGACGUCGGCGAGGGCAACGUCAAGCCGUCUGACCUUAAAGAAGCGCCGGCUCGUCUUUCUCUCCUGCAGGCGUCUGACGGACAGGCGCUCAUUCUUCGGGUACACCAUGCCCUGUACGACGCAUGGAGCAUCAAAAUGAUCGAGAAGGACCUCGCUGGUCUGUUCGCAUCCACGCCGUUGCCAUCCUACCCGUCUGUUCGGUCCGCAGUCCGGGAGAUCGUCCACCUCAGGCAUCCCGAAGCAGAGCAAAACUACUGGAGGCAGCACCUAGCCAAGGCACAAGACACAAUCAUCCAGCCGGGAGCCGUGGCAGCCAAGGACAGCAACCCGCGCCUGGGACCGCACUUCAAGGCAGCCUACGCAGACGUUCUGCCGCAAGGCGUCGCCGAUGCCCUCGGCAGCGCCGUCAACGGCAAGGCCUACACCUCGGCCGCAGUCAUCAUCGCCUAUGCUCGCGUGCUUGGCCGCGUGACGGGCCGGACGAGGCCCACGUUCGGCUUGAACCAUUCCUCGCGCUCCUUGUCUUCCGCUGACGGCGUGCACACGCUCGACCUCACGGGCACGAGUAUUCCCACCAUGACCGUGACGCCACUUAGCGUGGACUUGGAGGUCCGACCAGAGCAGCUACGGCUCGAUGCUGUUCAGGAUCAUGUAGCGCAGCUCACCAAGUUCGCGCAGGCCGACAAUCUGGACAAGCUGUCACCCAAGUUCAACUCCUUCCUCAACAUUCUCUACUCGGCGGGAGAGGAUGUCGAGUCGCGACCGGACGGCAUCGGGCAGAGACAGGUGCUGCGCCGUCUCAAACUCGGCGAGCCUCUGGCUUCCGAGUACUUCACAAGGACUGCGCCGUCGUCGGUUGUUUCGACCGUCGACGCUCUGGAUACAUCCUCCAUGCCCGACCAGAAGCUCUACUUCAACGUCCUCGUGCACCAGAACGGAAACAUGAGCGUCAAUGUGAGCGGCAACGAGCUCCUUUUGCACGGUGACCGUGAUUUUGUCACCAAGUUCCUGGAAAAAUUCAGCGCCGAGUUGAUUCGGUUCGUUGAGGAGACAUAG